AGUUUCAGUUGAUUUUUUUGGAGCUUCCUUCAGGCUUGCACAGGUGAUGCAAUGUCUUCAGGUGUCAUUGAUGAACUGAUUACCUUGGCUGAGAUAAAAGCAGCUUUCUGGGGUUCACUCUAUAGUUGAGCUCUGCUGUGGAAACACUGAUUUCUGCCUAACGAUGUCUGGCCGGGGAAAGAAGGCUGCAUCCAAGUCAACAUCUGCAAUGUCCCGUUCCACCAGAGCAGGAAUCAGUUUCCCCGUAGGCCGCAUCCACAGGCUGCUCAGAAAAGGCAACUAUUCAGAAAGGAUUGGCAUAGGUGCUGCAGUGUACCUCUCUGCCAUCCUAGAGUACCUCUGUGCUGAAAUCCUGGAACUAGCUGGAAACGCAAGUCGUGACAACAAGAAGCAGCGCAUUGCUCCACGUCACAUCUUGCUGGCUGUAAAGAAUGAUGAUGAGCUCAACCACUUACUGGCAGGAGUCACUAUCUCAGAGGGUGGGGUGAUCCCAAACAUCCAGGCAAGCCUCCUCCCAAAGAAGACCAAAGUUGCAAAGGAAGAUGGCAAAGAUGCUAAAGAUGUCCAAUCUCAAGAAUUUUAACUUAUUUUCUUUUUGUAAACUUGUGUAAUUUUUAACGAAUCUGUAAUGUCCUUUAAACUUGAACUGAAAGCACUCUUAACAUAAUAAAGCUUCGCAAGCAUUUAACCUUAA